AUGGAGAUACCAAGUGCAGGAAAAACAACAGACAGCAAUAAUGGAGCUUCUAAAAGUGUUGACAUCCAUAAAAAUAACACAGUCAACAUAGAUAACCAUAAAGUUGCUGUUGGGGGUUAUGAUGACAUAUUGCCAAAUGAUUCAUGGCGCUGUCGUCGUUGCACACUGUGGAACCCAGAGAAAGAGAGCAGAUGUAGUGUGUGCGAAAGUCCACGGAUUAGCAACAUUCCUAGUGAUCUGCCAGAAGACAUUGAUGAACAGGGUCACAGGAGUCCACCACCAGUAGAAGCAAUCAAUGGUGUUUUGCCAGGUUUUGAUAUGGAUGUAAUUGCUCGUAGUCCUCAUUCCCAUAAUGCCCAAAAGACAGAUGGAACAGCAACCAGCCCCAUUGAUGUAGAUGAUGAAUGGUGCUGCUCCAAAUGCACUUUUAGAUGCAACCCUGCAUGGGAGCGUAACUGUGGAUCCUGUGGUCAACCCCAGAAAGUAAAAUCUGCAUCUGCCACCAGUCUUAUUCAGCUUGGAAAAGAUUCCGUCAAGUACUUUCAUCGUGUCCAACCUUCUUGCCCUCCUGAAGAAGACUUGAAAUCAUCUGAGCAGAGGGAUGAAGCUAAGUGUAAAGAGACUGAAGAUGGUGAUGAUCAUCAGUGGUCUUGCAGUCAAUGCACUUAUGAAAAUCCAGCCAGAGUGGAGCUGUGCACCAUGUGUGGAGCUGGCAAGCCUGGCUGGGAAACAACUAGCUGGAAGUGCCCUAAAUGUACGCUUGUCAACGCAGCUAGCAUCAACAGGUGUCGUGCUUGCAGAGGAUUUAAACAGAAGUCAUCAACUGAUGCAUCUCUUCACAAAUCAUCAGCAUCUUGGUGCUGUGGUCAGUGCAAAUUUAAUAAUCAGAGCGGCACUAAAUGUCACAGGUGUUCAGCUGAUAAAGGAUAUUUGCCAUCUGGUCAACAGUUAUAUCCCACUCUUACAUCUCAUCUUAAGGAUCCACUGAUGUCUUCAGGAAGGUCAGGAUCUGUGGGAGGGUUACAUCAACAGGAGAGCUUACUGGUAGAUGAUCUGCAGAAGUUUCUGGAACAGGAAGCCAGUGAAUGCAGGGAUUCUAUCAUUGCAUUUUGUCAAGAGAAUAAUGAGGCUUUUGUAGAUGAUUCCUUUCCUCCUUCAGCAUCAUCUUUGAGCUUGGACCCAUCCAAACCAUUGUGCAAAGAUCCAGUCUUCUGGUAUCGUCCUCAUGAGCUUAUCUCUGUUGAUGGUACAAGAAUGCAGUCAUGGGCAACACUUGAUCACUGGUUGUAUUGCAUACUAAGCCUCUUGUCUUGUAGGUUCCUGAGUUCUAUGGCAGUGCUGGCAGAGAACCCCAAGCUUGUAGAACGCAUUGUAUUGACAAGGGAGUACUGCAAGGAAGGUGUGUAUCAAGUACGCCUCUGCAAAAAUGGCACCUGGACAACUGUCCUGAUUGAUGACCUGAUGCCUUGUGAUGCCUUUCGUCGACCAGUGUUUUCUCAGGCUAGGAGGAUGCAGUUGUGGGUACCUCUCAUUGAGAAGGCAAUGGCCAAACUGCAUGGCUGUUAUGAAGCCUUGGUGUCUGGCAAGUGUAUAGAAGGCUUGGCCACACUCACUGGUGCACCUUGUGAAAGCAUACCUCUGCAGGCUGAUGAACAAAAGGCUCGUCAGGUGGACCCAGACUUGAUCUGGGCAAAACUACUGAGCAGUAGAGAUAUGAGAUUUCUAAUGGGUGCAUCAUGUGGUGGAGGCAACAUGAAAUCAGACGAGUCACUUUUUAAACAGAUGGGCUUGCGAAGUCGCCAUGCUUACUCAAUUCUGGAUGUUCAAGAUGUAGAAGGAAACAAGCUGGUUCGACUACGAAAUCCGUGGGGUUGGUUUUCAUGGAAGGGUGACUGGUGUGAUGGAUCCAGCAAAUGGGAGACAAUCAGUGCUGAUGCCAGGCAUCAACUUAUGGCCUAUGGUGACCAGCAUGGCAUUUUCUGGAUGUCUUUUGGUGAUCUGCUACGAUACUUUGACAGUGUUGACGUCUGUAAGAUCCGACCAGAUGACCAUGAGUCUCGGAUACAUGGAGUAUUCCCAUCCUGUGCCAAGGACUCCAUGAAGAUAGUGAAGUUAACAGUGUUUAGUACAACAGAAGUUGAACUUGGUCUGUUUCAAGAAGGAAUGAGAGGAUCUGAUGCAAAAAACAGGUCACCUCUUGACCUGUGCCUUCUUGUUUGCCGUGAAGUUAACAACUGUAAUAUUGCUGUUGGCAAUCUUGUCGCCCACAGCCCUCGUCAGCUGUCUUGUUUUGUUGGCUGCAAUGUCAUGUUGGAAGCAGGAGAGUAUGUUGUUAUUCCUCUGUCCUUCAACCAUUGGAAUGUAGCACCAGAUUUGCCAAAAUCUGUGCACCACUAUACAAUGUCCCUGCACAGCUCCAAACGACUCCUGGUGGAGGAGAUCAGCACAUUCCGCAACCGUCACUAUGACAACAUUUUGGCUGAUGCCAUCAUCCAAGUGGCCAUCAAAAAAGGAAAGACUGAAGAGAUCCGAAAUGGAGUGACAGUAUACUCUCUUAUGGGGGGCUGGGCAGGAGGGGUGUUUGUGAUUGAGAAUCGACAGGAAACAAAGGCUGUACAUAUACACUGCGAGUGCACCAACAGUUUCAACAUUGUCUCUACACGUGGUUCUCUGGUCACGAAAGAUGUGAUACCUCCACAUCAUAGACAGGUUGUGAUGGUGCUGACACAGUUGGAAAAGAGCCAGUGCUCCCAUCUUUCUCGUCGUCUUGUACACCGGAUAGCUUGUCCCGAAUCAGGAUUGGAAGAAUGGGGGUCCACCCCAAGUAUGUUGCAUGAACCUCCGAUCACACCAGAAGUAGCCUUUCUUCACAACACUCGCCCCUUGUGACAGACAGGAUACUUGGUCCAUGCAGUCACUCUACCCGAUAAAGAAAAUUAGAUAAAAAAGCUUGAAUGGACACAUUGAACAAAAAGAAAAUGGUGUUGCAUUAAAGCAUUCCAGAACUUUAGCAAAGGCAGCAAAUUUCCCAGGGAGCUGUCCAAUUUCUUGAUGCCUCAUUUUGUAGAUCUCGAUAAAAUGUGGGGUUUAAUUUUAGGGCUAUAUAACCACCCGAUAUUUGGCUGACUAACCUAAUUAAGUCUGCCUAUAUGUGGUAUAUACAUGUUGUGUGCUCAACCCCUACUCAUUUGAUUUCAUAAUUUUACAAUAUUUUUAUAUACUUAAAUAUUAUAUAGCUAAAAUAACACAUAGAAUAGGAUUGUGUUGUAUCUUUACCAGGCAUAUACAUUGUGUAUAUCUAACUGCCUUAGUUACAGAUUAUUGACCACACAAAAGCUGUUGAUAUUCAUUCUGUUAAAACAUUUAGAAAAUCAUGCAUAAUGAAAAUCAGUUUCUAAGCAUCUGAUUAUGUUAUCUCAGAGGUUAACACUGUGAAGAUGAGCCACUCAAGUGUGCUGUCUACCUCUAAAAUAAUGAAUCUAUUUUCAGCUAGCUGAGAUAUUGAUUGAAACUGGUACACGUAUUUUACAAUACCUUCACUUCAUGUGUUAAACUUCAUGUGUUUAUCAUGUGUUUUGUAAUAUUUCAAUGGAGGUUAAUGGCAGAUUGCCUGUUAUCCAAGCAAAGUUGUAUUUUCAUUAAUAAAUAGAUGUAAAGUUAACUUUUAUAAUAUUUCAAUAGAGGUAGUGGCCAGGUUGCUUGUUACCUAAAAGAAAAUUGUAUUUUCAUUAAUGAUAAAUAGAUGUGGUUUACCCUAUAAAAGUGUGAUUUUUAGAGUGGUCAUGAAAUAAUUUAUUAGCAGGAAUAUGCUGUUUUUAUUGACAAUCGUAUGCAUAUUUUUCUUAAUAGUAUGAUACUCUAAGGGAAAAGAUUAAUUUCAAUUAUAAUCUGGUUGUGUUAUCUUUCUUGGGUAUUGGGUUUUCUACACUUAUAUUUACAACAGCUUGAAGAGUCAUUGCUGCAAGAGAUUUAUAUUUAAAUCAUAAAUUGAUUAAGAACACCUAAGUUGUGUUUACCUAUCUAUAUGAAAAUUCAAAGCUUAUGGUAUUCGGAGUUGUUUGUACGAAACAGUGAAAAAGAUUUACAAUGACAGUGCUUUGUUUAUGCAUGUCCUUUUCUUUUGUUACAAAUGGGCAAACUUGGAAAUUGUCUACAAUCCACUGGGUCAAACACUUGCUUAAUGCAUGUGAUAUCCAUCUACUUUGGUAAAACUCCCCUUCCACACCCCCUGCACACACACAAAUUAUGCAGAGGAAUUGGGCUGAAUAGCAGGGGAUAACAGGUGAAGAUUCCUGCAGUUUUUUCCCCUCCUUUUCUCGACUCAUGUUCAUGACUUACGUAAUGCCAGUCUGUGACUUAAGUGGGGUGCACAGUGAGUAUUGUUCAUUCAAAUGUUUCUCAUGCAAUAGAUCUCAGCUGGUAGUUACAUAGUUUCUGGCCAAAUCUGGAUAAAAACAUACCUCUUUGCAGAACUUAUACUAAUUUGAGCCUUUUAAAUUGAGAAAGCAUGGAGUGACAAAACAGCAGACAUGAUUUGACAUCUGGACUAUAAAAACAUGAUGACUCGCUGUUUACAACACUGCUGAUUUUGUAAUCAACCAGACAUCAAAGCUAACAACUAUUAUUGGUUUUCAAACAUUAGUGAUAUACUUUUACAAGUGUGAGAUCAGAAAAAGAUCAUAAUUAAAGUUACAUUGAUAUUUAUAAAAUUUACUUCUCUGGUUUAGCAGAGCCUAAAAAUGUUCAACAUUUUAAACUCAGUGCUCGGUCUUGAAUCCCUUACAUUUCAUGGAUGGGAAACACUUGGUAGGAAAGAUUUCUUUCCUAAUGGAAGACCACAGGAUGACCCAGAAGCUUAUACUGAUAUUCCACCUGUUUAGCACCAAGUUUUUUCAAGGUGUCAGCCUAGUGGAUGCUUAUAGAGGCAAGUUUGGCAGAUUUAGGUGUUUAUGUCAUAUUUUUUUAUUCUAGCUUAUUUCACCUUUAUAGCAAUAUUAGUGAUAGUAUGGAACACAUUUUAUAAAAAAAUUCCCAGCAUCUGUUCUUAAAUUAAUUACAUACUGUUUGCAAACGUGUAGUCAGUAUUGUCUGUUUAAUGAGCUCUGAAGUGGGCAGUUGUGGUCAUGACCUUGGGGUUUUCCUGAGGCAACACAGUGGUAUGCUAGCUUCACAUUCUGAUGUCUUAAGAUUUUUGGGAGGGGGAUGUUUAUGAUGCUCAAACUUCAAAAAGCAUAAUGUCUUGUCUGUGGAUGUUAAAGUUGGGGGAUGGGUGGGUGUAUGUUCUUGCAUAUAUGUGUGCAUUUUUGCAUUAUUUAAGAACAGAAAUAAAUAUAUUUACUUUU